AUGGCUUCAUCCUCAGAAUUACCGACUUGGUACUACCGUGUUUCUGCGGCAGUUAAAAAGAGAAAUGGCGUUAUACUCUGGGACUUUGAUGAAGAUAUCUCCGACCUUGACGAAAUCAAUCCAGACGAGACUACAACAUACAAUGGACCUAAUGCAGCAGAUUACCAUCGCUUAAGAGAGAAGCGGGAGGAACGCAAGAGAGAGCUUUUCCAGCGCAAAGAAGAUGCAAGAGGAGACGAGAAAAAUAAGGUUGGACAAGUGCGGGCUGCAUAUGAAGCCUUGGAGAUUUCCGUGUCCAGAAGCCAAUCAACUCAACUAAGUCCUAUCGACAGCCAGUUCGAUCUUCACUGUAUGGACUACUUUGACUGUUUUUAUGAUCCCAGUCCGCACGGCUACCAGAGGAGAUAUGUCAGGUUCGAACACGAAAAUAGAGAUGAGGCGCACAGCGGUAAUGUCACCGGCCGGUUCUGGCUUAAUCCCAAGGUCGACUUUGAACUUGUCCCAUUCAAAGCCCCGAAGUGUUCAAGCCUUGAACAUAAGGAGAUCUACACCACCGACGGCAGAUUCUCUAUGAUACUGUAA